AUUUAUACUCACUUCUAACCCCUUCUCAGUCUUUUGGCUAAGAUCAAGUGUAGGAUACUCAUCCUAUCCACUUUCAAUCACACAUAAAUUAAAGGGCAGGUUAAUGCAAAUUGAGGGAUGGGUUUUUAGAGCUUUCUAGGAAAGGGGUGGCAACUUCCUUGUCAUUGCCAAGACAUUUGUAAACAGUCAUGGCACUGUUGGGAGUGUCUUAUGCUAAUGUGGAAUGGGGAUAGCUAGGGGUUUGCUUUUGUCCCUGUCUGCUGGUUCAUGCCAGUUUUUCCACUUUAUCCUGUCUGGACCAGAUCCUGUCUUGGUCAGCAGGGUUGUGACCAGAAGGCAAGUCCUGCCAUUCUCCUAUCUCACCAGGACUCUGGCAGCCAUUUUAGCUCCUUUGAUCCCCAGUCUCCUGUGUGUGGAGUUGGGUAAAAGUUUGGGUGGUUGUGAGGAUUCACUGAGGUAAUGCCUGUGAGUGUCCAGUAAUUGUUAGACUCCCACAUUCCAAUCCCUGUGCCCCUCCCUCCAGAACCUUUCACUGUGACCUUCGGAGAUUCUGAGAAUGAUUUUCUCAGAGCAGGGCUUCUGGUAGCUGAUGGUAUGGUGGGAGGAGUGAAGUGAAGCUCUUUCUUGCCUUGUUACUGAAGAAAUCUAUUUGUUUCUAGUAUUACUGAAUUCUUGGGGGAAAUUUCUAGUCCUCCCCUUGAAAGGCAAAGGGGCUAGUUGUGCCAUUUGCCCACCCAGGAACCAUGAGGAAAUAUAUGGUAACUUAUGCCUGGCAGCUCCUGAAGAAGGAACAGGGACUGUACCAGCUUGCCAGGGAUAUCGUGAUAAUGAUUCGAGUGUGUAAAAUGUUCCGCCAAGGCCUCAGGGGAUUCCGGGAAUAUCAAAUCAUUGAGACUGCUCACUGGAAGCACCCUGCCUUCUCCUUCUGGGAUACAAAGAGGCAAAGCCGAGUCACAUUUGAUACCAUGGACUUCAUUGCAGAGGAGGGUCACUUUCCUCCGAGAGCUAUUCAGAUCAUGCAGAAGAAGCCUUCCUGGAGGACAGAGGAUGAGAUCCGGGCCGUCUGUAACAUCUUGCAGGUUCUGGAUAGCUAUCAGAACUUUGAGGAGCCCCUACAGCUGCUCCUGGCCAAAGUCAUGCGCUUUGAACGGUUUGGUCGCAGGCGUGUGAUCAUCAAGAAGGGGCAGAAGGGCAACAGCUUUUAUUUCAUCUACCUGGGCACAGUUGCAGUGACCAAGGAUGAUGACGGCAGCAGUGCCUUCCUAGAUCCACACCCUAUAUUGCUGCACAAGGGUGGCUGUUUUGGGGAAAUGGGCCUUCUGGAUGCUUCACUGAGGAGGGCCACCGUUGUCUGUAUGGAAGAAACGGAGUUCCUGGUUGUUGACAGGGAGGACUUCUUUGCUUAUAAGCUGGACCUGGAAGUUCAGAAGGAUGCUCAGUGUCGGUUUGAAUUUUUUAGGAAGAUGGAUCUGUUUGCAUCAUGGUCUGAUAAGAAGCUCUGGCAGCUCGUAGCCGUGGCAAAGAUAGAGAAGUUCUCAUAUGGGCAGCUGAUCUCAAAAGACUUUGUAGAGUCAUCCUUUAUCAUGUUUAUCAGCAAGGGCAGCUGUGAAGUCCUGCGGCUGUUGGACCUUGCUGCCUCCCCUUCCUACCACAAGUGGGUCUGGCAGCACCUGGAGCUGAUCGAUGACAGGCCUCUGAUGACCACCCUACGUGAAUACUCUCCUAUGGAAAGAUACAAGGAAUUCCAGAUCAAAUCAUAUCCUCUACAAGACUUUAGCUCCUUGAAACUUCUGCAUCUCCAGAAGGCCUGGGAGCUACAGGGCACAAGCUUCAGCGGGAAGAUCAGAACCUCAGGAGACAGUCUCCCCAAGAUGCUGGGCCCAAAGAUCAAAUCCAAGCCUACUCAGUCCAUCAAAUGCACCAUGAUCAAUACCAACCUUGGUGAGCUCCCCAAAGAGGCUGUAGUGGGGGCCUACGUGAAAGUGCAUACUGUGGAGGAGGGAGAAAUUUUGGGCCUUCACCAGCUCUUCCUUCCGGAGGGUGAACACGACACACGACCCUUCAUCCUGUUGAGCCUGGGAAAUGAGAUGAUACGGAUAAGGAAGGAAAACUUUUAUGAACUGAUUGACAGUGAUGAUGAGAUGAUAAACAAGUUGUUAAAGCUCAAUACUGCAUUCCCCAGUGAUGAAGAUAUGUGCCAGAAGUUCCUCCAGGAGAAUAGCUGGAAUGUCUUUCGGAAGGAUCUGUUGCAGCUGCUAGUGAAGCAUCGCCAAAGUCCACCGUUCCCCCCAAUCCGGCCCAAGAGGAAAGGGAUAUACGACCCUAGGUCUGUGGUCCUGAAUUUGUGCAGCAUCAACAAGACGACUAAACCUUGUUAUCCCAUUUUUAAGGCGCCCCAAAAAUACCUGCCCCCAUUGAGGAUUGUCCAAGGCAUCAAAGCACCUCGGUACAAAAUUCAAGAACUCUUGCCUCAGUAUAAAAGUGCAGGGGUCCUUAUUUAGGACAAAUAAAGGAUGGUAGAUUGGCCACCAUGCUUUCUGAAUGA